AUGCUUCACCGUCCAAUGCGCCAACACAGACGGAAAAUUUCUAUCUAUCUAUCUAUCUAUCUAUCUAUCUAUCUAUCUAUCUAUCUAUCAGCCUAUAUUCUAUUUUCCACAACCUCCCUUCAUUCACUUGCAUUCCUAAAUCCACUCCCCAACUCGCUUCUCUUCCUAAACCAAACCUCCUUUCUCUCAUUUCUCGUCCUUAAACCAAUCUCUCGAGACCUCUCUCUUCCUAAUGCCAAAUUAUUUUUUUAUUUCUCUCCUCUUAAAGUCAUACGCCAUUAUCUUCUUAAACCCAAUCACUUUUUUUUCCAUUUUUCCCGAAAGACAUACUUUUCUAUUCCUACAGCCAGCCUAAUUUCUAUUUCUCUUCUCCUAAAGCCACCUCACUUCUCUUCCAAAAUCCAAACACACUUUCUCCAAUUUUCUUCCAGUUCUCUUCCUAAAGCCAACAUAAUUUCUUUUACCCCCCUAAAGCCAACCUCACUUCUCUUCCGAAACCCAACCACACUUUUUCCUCUUUUUUUCCGGAAGCCAUACCUUUCUGUUCUUAACGCCAACCUAAUUUCUGUUACUCCCCUUCUAAAGCCAACCUCACUUCUCUUCCUAAUUCGAAAUACUCUUUUUCCACAUUUCUUCCAGAAGCCAUCUCUUUCCCUUCUUAAAGCCAACCUAAUUUCGAUUUCUCUCCUCCUAAAGUCACCCUCCCUUCUCUUUUUAAACACAAUUUCUCUUUUCUCACCUAUCUUUGUAAACACAAGCUACUUCUUCAUUUUCCAACCUAACUACCUUGCUCUUGCAUUUUGUAAUCACUUGCAUCUAUCUAUCUAUCUAUCUAUCUAUCUAUCUAUCUAUCUAUCUAUCUAUCUAUCUAUCUAUGUUAACAGCUUCCUAGUCUAA